CUUGGUUGUCAAACUUAUUUUCUCAGUUAAAAUAAGCUAAUUAAACGUUCAAAAGUGUGUGGCAUGCGACAUGUUCAGCUUAUGAAGUCAACAGGUGAGGUUGAUAAAUGGUUUCUUUGAAGAGUCAAUAUUUGCCGGGCCUGUCUCGUCAUGUCCCCUAACUCACCGUAGUCAGUGAGAGAGGAGGACGGUCAUGCUAAUUGUUCCUACCGGUGCACUUGACACACUGGAACAGCAGGUGAAGCUGCCUCCCUUGGCUGUCCCGGGGACUGACUGAGCCUGUCUGUUUCAGCCUGAGAUAUUGGAGGUGGUGUGUGAAGAGGGUCAGAUGCGUGUCUCAUGCUGCCCUGACACUGAAAUUGUAUAAGAUUUAAUGAUUUAAACAGUUAAUAAUCAUGGAUGUUGUUUUAUCAAUUAACCACAAGGACCUAAGUCAUUUAUUUUGUGUAUGGAAACAUGCAAGGAUUAAUAAAAUGAUCUUUAAUUUAUUAGAAAAGUUGGUAGGAUGCUUAAAUUAGUGAUGAUUAAUUUUAGCCCUGGACAGCCACCGUCCCGCAGAUUUUCUGAGGUUAUUCUUUAACACCAGAUUUUGAUCUGCAUGUGAUUAGCAGGCUUUUGCUGAUCUUGAUUACCUGCUGCACAGGUGAUUCAGUCAUUGAAUCAGAUGUGUUUGGGCAGAGAAACAAGUUUAAGAUGCAGGAUAGUGGCCCUCAAGGAUUAGAGUUGGGCACACCUAGCUUAAAUUGAUGAAGAUUAUUAAUCAAGUACCUGUACAAGUUUUAGAUUUCCUGUGAAAACCCACAGUUUUUUUGUCUUUUUAGAUGCAUGAUAGCAAAGCGACCAAAAAGAGUAAAAAUGAAGCCAAAAGAUGAGGCAGUGCAGUUUUUGGCUUUGGGUAAGGACAAGGAUGGAUUUGAUGUGAAAUUCAUCAACUCUUUCAAAGGGCGAGGAGUGUUCAGUACAUGCCACUUUGAGAAAGGAUCAUUUCUUGUAGAAUAUCGAGGCAAAGUCAUAAACAAACUGGAAUAUGAAGACAGGUUAAGGAUUUAUCAUGAUGCAAUGAAGGUCUUCAUGUUUGAGUUUCAUCAUAAUGGAAAACUUUUGUGGUAUGUAAAUUAAAGCAUUCAAAAGUAAAACUUUUUAAAAAUAGUUAUAUAAUUUUUUUUCUUUUUGUCCUGUCAUUUGUUUU